CCUGAUGUUGUGGAGUUUAAGACUCUGUUCUUGGAUUGUGUCAUCAAAGAAUGCUGUGCAAACAUAGAAGGGGCAGACUUGAGAAAAGUGAAGCCAAGUGGACAACUUCUACAAGCUGCUUCUGUGACAGGUUUAAUAAAUAUAAAAGACACAAAGUGUAGCAAAGCAAUAAAAUGGCAGCUUACUAUUUCUUUUUUCCACUAGAUAAAACAUAUAAAGAAAUCACAUCAACAGCAGUUCCUUUAAUCCUGUCAAAAUAUAAUGAUGAAGCAACUCAGGGAUUAGUGAAAAAGCUGCUCUUAGACGUUUUAUUGGGUCUUCUUACAGCCAGUAAACCAUACUACAAGAGAAAAGGUAGUGUUCUGGCAUCUCAUACCAGUGCCCUGGUGGAUGUUUUGUUUAGUGCCCUGGUGUCUGAUAGUCCAGGCUUGUGCCGUGCUGCUAUUGCUGGCCUUGUUUCUAUGGUUACUCUGCCUGGACUUUUACCGGAACAGAAGGUUGGAAUGUUUGUGGAGCAUUUAACAUCUUUUGUGCUGAACACAAAGGAUUUAACAGUAAGACAGGAAAGUAAUGCAGCCCUAGCUUUCCUGGCAAUAGAGUUUCCAGAACUCAUAAAAACCAAGCUAGUCUCUGUAUUAGCAGAACAACUCCAGAAAGAAGAUGGCUCAGCUAUGGAUGAAGAAAAUAUCUCGCACCUUCAAUCUGACAAAUCACACCCCCAGUACGACCAGAUGCUUAACACCCUGUCUGCUGUCUGUACUGAGGAGGGUGUGGUCAGGCACGUUGUGCCUAUUAUCCUCGACCAUGGUGAAUAUCUUGUUACUGGUAAAGAUUUAGAAAGGGGGGUGCUACAUGGGAAGAUUUCGGAAACUCUCAAGUGUCUAAACAGUAUUGUUAAAGGGACAUUACAGAGUUCUACGGUAGAACCAAAUUACUACACCGAAGUUGUCAUUUACAGAAUUAUAGACCUUUGCACUCAAUCAGCUUUACAAGAAUCACCAGACUGUCCCAUGGCCACCCCAGAGGCUCUGGCUCUGGUCUGCUCAAUAGUGCGACAAGUCAUCAGUCAUUUAGCAGUCAAUGAGGCAGAAGACGUUUUACACAUCAUUGUGAGUAAUUUUAUUGAGGGCAAGACACCACUAUCAGCAAGAGCAGAGCAGAAGUUUGCCCCUCUAGAGCCAUCAUCGCCGUGGCAACAAUCUCAGCUAGUCACUGUUCUCAUGGCAGCCGUCUGUUCAGCAAGGCGCGAGGUUCGUAUCCCUAGGCAAAAGGAAUUAGUACCCAGGCUUCAGGUUUUGGCAUCUGGGUGCAACCACAGGAAGACCACAGUGGCUGCUUCUAAAUGUCUUGGUGGCAUUAUCAAUAAAAUGGCCCAAGGUGAUGAUUUGACAGCCGACCUGCACUCACUGAAGGGCCAACUACAAAACCACAUGGAUGGGAACGAGGAACAGAGAUGGAGGGCAGUGAUCACAUGGUUAUGGCUGACCAGAGCCCUUGUUACCCGUUCUCACCCGAUGGCGCAGGAGUUUGUCCAAAAGGUGCUCCAUCUAUUAGAUGACGUCAGCGUAGGCCGAGUGGCUGCAGACGGGUUUUAUGUCAUCGUCUCAGACUGUGAUGACGUCAUGAACCAAGCCAUGCACGCCGAUAUCAAGAUGAUGUACAAGCAGCGCUUUUUCAUGGAGACCCUUCCCUUGCUGCUAAAAGGCUUUCACGAUACCAGGCCAGAGUGCAAGUACCUCUAUCUGUGCGCGCUGUCGCAUCUCCUACAGUGGAUCCCUAAGCAAGUCCUGCUGACCGAGAUCCCCACGCUCAUGCCGAUGUUGAUCCAAGCCUUGUCACGUGAUGAGCCCAGUCUCCUGCUCUCCACGCUCCAGACCUUGUAUUCGCUGGUGUUUGAUGCACCGGAAGUGAUCUCUCGCCAAGUGACGUCACUGAUUCCCAACUUCCUAGAGUUGGCUAAGUGCAAGGCUUCUAUGAAAGUUCGCAUGGAAGCCAUCAAGUGUCUGGGAGCCAUGACAACGUUGGAACAUCACGUGGUGUAUGUAUACAAGGCUCGUGUUAUUAAGGAAUUGGCAUGUACUCUUGAUGACCCCAAGAGACUAGUCAGGGCGGAAGCUGUCAAAUGUCGAAACGAAUGGUACCUACUAGGGAGCAGCGCCAGAUGAUCACGAUGAUCGCGGGCUCAACGCUGCUGCCGAUUUUUAAUUCUGGUUCUCAACAAGAAUUGUGUCGCGGCCCAUAUAUAGACUUACAGACGCCACGAAAAAACAAGCUAACAUAAUUGGAGCGCGACGGACGUCUUCAAGCCUGAGGGCGAAUGGUUGAUUUGCAUAGUAACUUGGCACUUGUAUCGUGUCUGUUGUUGAGUGCUAUCACGCUGGUUACUACAAUAACUUUAAUUUUACUCCACUCUGUGCUUUACAGAUUAUAGCUGAAAAGCACAUGUGGAGGUUAGUAAGAGUACAUGAAGUUUGGAAACUUUCAUAACAUGAAGUGGAGUUUUCGAGCAGGCUAUAUAUUCUUGUUUAGCGCUUCUAAGUACUUCCGUGUUUUUCGACAUCUCCACGCUCUUUUCUCGGUAACCUCAAUUACGAGAACUUUCUAAAAUUCUGUCGUUAAUAGCACUGACUGUUAAUUGCCCCUUAAGCGUUCCGUUUGACUCGUUUGACCCACGCUUUAGAUCGAGCAUAAUUUACAAUCGCACUUGAGUUACCUCUUGCAUUGAAACAAAUACCUGAAAAUCACAUUGUAAUCGCAUUCAUCGCGAAGUGAAGUCGAACUUUUUGUAAAUAGAAAUCUUGAUAUCUGA